UGUUAACAGCCGCGUGUGUCAAUUAAGCAAACUGAGCCUCGUGAGUCCUGGAAAGCGUCUUUACUAAUGUUUCCCUCCUCUGGUCUUUUUGCCGACCAACACUGCCCCUUCACCCUACGAGGACUUUGCGAGCGACCGCAUUGUUUAUACAAACAUGCCCCGGAAGUGUUGGACGCGUUUGGUGCCUCGUGUAAAUCAUCGAUAGUGGAGUUUGCAGGUCUUCAAAAUGGCCGCCUUUACGCAGCACGAGUUAAGGACGAGACCAAAGACGACUGCCACCACGAGCUAGAGCGCAUCAACAAGGAGAUAGAAACCGUGAGGAACGAGAUGGAGCAGGAGCGGCGCCGUCUGUCGCGCUACCAGACGGUUCAGAGCAGAAACGAUCCACCGGUUACAGACGUCGCUAAGACGCGACGAGCCAACAAGUACGUGGUCGACAACUCCAAACCCAGGACCGAUUUGGAGUACGACCCUUUGUCCAACUUUUCCGCCGACUUGCGCUCGUUCAGCUCGUCGGGGAAAGAGCAGAAGGUGAAAAGGGGAAACCAGGCGCCACGAGGCCGAAAGGUUCAGCUUCAUCCGUCUCCAGAGCCGCCGGACGACGAAGACGACGUCCUGAUUAUCGACGUCCCUCUGUCGCCUGAGCAGCAGCAGCAGCCGCCGCCGCCGCUUAGUCGCUGUGCAUCCAAACAAAUAUCACAGGAUAAACUUAGAAACUCUGAGCCUGCAUCAAGGAUUCUCCUCGACUCUACCGGAAGUGGAGAACCAGCCGGCUUCCCGACUAGUGAACCCGUGGUGAAGAAAGUCUCUGAAGCUGAGACUCUUCCUGCAGCCUCGGUCCGUCCACAUCACAGCUGGAGCAGCAGCAGUCGUGUUGAGGAAAUGAAUCGACAGCAGACGGCGACAAAGAAUUCGAGACACGCCAAGCGAGCGGAGACGAAGACGCAGGAUAAAUCUUUAACCGUUCACCACAGGUCGUCUGCACCAAAGCCAGAACCAGGAGCUUCAGGUUCCAGAGCUCAGUCAUCUUCAUCUUCAUCAUCAUCAUCGUCAUCAUCUGAGCGUCUUUUUAUGACGGUGGAUAAUGAACCGGUUAUAAUAGUCGACUCCAGCUCUGAGGAGGAGGAGGAGGAGUUCAACUACUCGGAGCUGGAGCUUUCGGAUAGUGACCCUAUGGAGGAAUGUUACAGGAUCUUCAUGGAGGCCAACAAUGAGGGGAAGGGACAUGAAGAGCAGCCUGAUGCCUCUGUUGUGCCUGUGGAGAAGCCCGAGCUAAACGUCGCACCCAAAGAACUGCCCAUGAAGAAGAGAGUGGCCCAUGAAGCCAAACACACAGAGCAGCCGGUGGCGAAGACCAGACCUCAGCCCCAGGUGUUGGUUCCUCUCCGUGACCCGUCUGGAUGUGGCUCCCGGCCGAAGGUCCAGCAGGUCCAGCAGGUCCAGCAGGUCCAGCAGGUCCAGCAGGUCCAGCACAGGGCCUCCAUGCUGACUGCUUCCGUCAAAGGAGGCCAGAUGUUUGUCUCCUCCACCUGUCAGAAGAGGCCGGACGCCCAGAGUGGACUUUCAGCUGCGACUAAACCCCCCGAACACCUGCAGCCUGCUCCUGUGCAACACGCUGUGAACUUCUUUCCUUUGGGAACCACCGUCAUCGACAUGGGCAACAAUUUACACCUGAUCCUCCCAGAAGGCGCUUUUCCGCUUCCUGUCUCCUCCAGUUCCAGCCCCGUUACCUCGGUGUUGACUCCGAUCACUCCAGUCAACAACAACACGGGAUCUUUCGCCUUCAGAUCGUCCCCCCAUCCUCCUCCGGUCGCCCCCACGCAGCGAUACCCCUCCACGGCCCCGGUGCUCAUCCCCGCUCCGGCCCGGAAACCUUCCCUGACCUCCGCUUUAGCAUCGAGUCCGGCCGCUUCCACGACUCCUCCGGCUGCAGCGAAGCCGACGCCUGUUAAACGGAAACUGAAGCAGCAGCAGCAGCAGCAGCGCGACGCCGCCAAAGACAAAGUCCCUCAUAACGUGCGCCAGCGCUACGUCAACAUGUUCACAGAGGAGUUCCUCAAAACGUCCGACAACGUUAACGACGCCUUCACCAAGGCUUUAGCUGAGGAAAGAACCGUGUACAAUCGCAGCGUCAACAAACUCAAGUAUCAGAGCGUCGCAGUGAACGCGCUGAAGAGGCUGAAGAACCAAAGCGCUGCUGCAGCUAAAAGUGAAAAUGACGUGAGCAGCCAGAGGCUGAAAGGAAACAUCCCACUGAACCCGAGGAAGCUGAAGACCAGCGAUGAUGAUGCGACGUUGUACGAGUGUUUGAAGGAUUAUGUUCUGACCGAUGAAAUGUUGAGCGAACACAACUACCCCACCGAGCACCCGGAGAAACGAGGCUGCGCCGUCGUCUUCGCCGACAACAAGAAGACCAACACAGACCCAUUUAAAAGGAUCUGCUGUCGAUGUGGGGCGACCUACUCCGUGAGUCAGACGGGGAAACACACUCGUAAAGAGGAGUGUAACUACCACUACGGGAGAGGAGUCACCAAGAGAGUCCCCGGUGGAGUGGAGACCCGCUACAGCUGCUGUGAGGGGGUGAUGGGAGCCCCCGGGUGUCAGGUGUUUAAGCUACAUGUCCACGACUCCCUCAGCCUGGACGGCUUCAUGUCCACCGUCCCCAGACGUCCUUCAGACCUCAGCUGUCCCGGCGUGUUCUCCCUGGACUGUGAGAUGUGCUACACCAUCAGCGGUCUGGAGCUGUCCCGAGUGACGCUGGUUAACUCCAGGCUGGAAGUCGUCUAUGACGCCUUCGUUAAACCUGAUAACGAGGUCAUCGACUACAACACCAGGUUUUCAGGCAUCAGUGAGGACGACGUGGAGGGAAACCACACGUCCCUCAGAGACGUCCAGGAGACCUUGUUGAGCUUCAUCCGAGCAGACACCGUUCUGAUCGGACACGGCCUGGAAACAGACCUCUGUUUACUCAAGCUGCUCCAUGCGACGGUCGUGGACACGUCGGUGGUCUUCCCCCACCGCCUGGGCCCCCCCCACAAGCUGCCCCUCCACCACCUCACAGCUGAACACCUGCGGAGAAUCAUCCAGGAGAGCGUUUGUGGCCACGACACGGCGGAGGACGCCGCCGCCUGCAUGGAGCUGAUGCUGUGGAAGCUCAAAGAAGAUGGAAAACUGAAAAAAUAAUGGAAAUAAAAUAAU